AUGUUUGAAUCAAGCACCGAUGCUGCCGAUGAGCGUCGCGAAUCCAAACGAGGGACUGUGAGACUCGGUUUGAGCAACUUCAAAACCCCAACGGCCAUCCGGAAAAUCAGUGCGACUAUCGACAAGAACGCAGGGCAGAUCGAAGGGCGGCUCAGGGCAAUUUCAAAAUCAUCGGACGAGAAUACAGGCGAUGAUACCUCUCGAGUUUCAUCAUACAUUGAAGAGCGUGCAGCACUGAUAGACGAGAUGCAGAGUCAUCUCAAUGACGUCCGAAAAGCGACGAUGCAGGCUCAAGAAAAGGCCACAAGAGAAGAAAGAAGUGAGCUCAAAAGAGCACUGAAAGACUUGGACGAUAAUGACCGUAUCAUUCUUCGCGAACGUGCAACUCUGGCAUCCAGUCGUGUCCGCAUAGAUUACGGCAUGCGUGGGCAGCUCAGCCACGUCAAGUUGGGCGAAGCAUACAUGAUGUCUUUGACUAAGAACUUCCCUGCCCCUGCAGGAAGGUUCUACGACAACAAGUCACAACGGACUGGAAAUGAGCAAUUGUCAUUCCGAACCCGCCUGAUAAAGACCUAUCAAUUCGAAGGCUCCCGGCUCUUGGAGACAUGUGAUGAAGAGGCCGGCCCGGAGCUAUGGUGUCCAGUUAGUGGACGCGCACACCACAAAAGAUUAAUAAGAACGGCGCAUAUUGUUCCACCCAUGGUCGGCGAAGUCAACGUCAGCUACCUGUUCGGCGUGAAACCCAGCGAAGGAUUCGGCAUCAUAUGUGUCAUUUUGUGUGAACAACUACUGGAAAAAGUGUGCGGAGCAACGGAGACGACAUAUCGAACCAGCAUCCACAAUAAGCGCCUCCAAUUCCAGACGGCCGCAAGACCAUCCAAGCGAUAUCUUUACAUCCACGCACUCUUGACAAUGUUUCGACGCCGUCGGUACAACGUUUCUGGGUGGGAGAAUGACAGAGACCAAAUCUUCUCAGAUCGAACCUGGGCCACACCGGGAAAAUGGGCAAGGAGGAGCAUGGUAGAAGCACUGGCUGUUGAAUUUGGAGAUACCUGGGAAGAACAUACCGCAGCUACAGAUGCCCUGGGCAACUACCCUGACAUACAGCCGUCAGAAGAUGAAAAGAAGAUGGCCACCGUUGUGAGAUAUGCUUUCGAGUCGCGAGGAAAGACUAUGGUGGAGGUGGAGGAGGAAGAAGAAGAAGAAGAAGAAGAAGAAGAAGAAGAAGAAGAAGAAGAACAAUACGAUGAUGAUGAUUAUUAG